AGAACAGGUCCUCAUACGGAGUCAGUGGUGCUAUCUCGUCAAUCUUCUCAACUAAAGUUGUGAAACAUCGAACGGACAAGCGAUUAAUUCACAUAACUUGCACAUCUCUUAUCUACUUAUGUUUCAACAGAUGUUGAUCUAAAUUCUUUAAAUAAAUGGAACAAGUGAUUCAAAAGCUGGCGAGGGUGAUAACUAUCACGGAGGGCCAAGUACAGCAGAAAAAGGUGUCCGACUUUCCGUCUGUAUCGGACUUGUAUGAAGAGAAGACCGGCCUGUACACCACUGCUGUGGGUUCCUACAGGGCAUGGUCAAUCGACGUAGAUCUGGGUCCGCCCAGUCCCUCCAUCGCCGUUCCACUAGAAGAUGUCCACAUUGUCAAUUAUUACGAUGCUCUCCAGUAUUCCUUAUAUGAGAACGGAUUUCCGGAAACGGUUGACAGAACAGACACACCACGAAGAGAAUUUACAUGCAAUGACGUCACUAUUGCCUUGCUUUCGUCACCAGUUGAAUGUUUCGGAAUUUUACUUGCAGGCGGUAAAAUAUGCCCACGUGAUAUGCUCCUUGUGAUGUCAACAUCUUGGUUGACGAAGGUCAGGUCCAAGAGAAAUCCGGAAUUAUUUUCUCUCUACGUCCACAAAGCGAUAACCAUGGACCUUGCGGGCCAAUCGUUUCUGGAUACUUUCAAUCCGCCCCGUAGGGUAACAUAUUUCCUAAAUUAUUUCACGCGCGCGUGUACAGAUGGUCAGAGAUCAGAUGGAGAGACACUGGAGUCUAAUCUGGAUUGUCCUAUGUCCAGUUCCCUAAAUUUGGUCAAAAACGUGGAUGAUAAACUUUGGACCCGAACUCUGCUGGCCAACAUCAAUGCUGACUAUCCAGAAACACUAGCAUUUACCUACAAAUGUAAUCUGAGGUAUGACACCGCUCCUGGUGCGGAUAUAACAGUUAUCAAGCUUGACACAAAAUUAGGAACAACAAGCCUAAUUUAUGAAGAGGUUCAACGAUUUCUGAAUUCCAAACCUGUCUUAUUAAGAGAUAAGAUUGUGGUGAAACCCUCAGGAGUUAUCUGGCACGGAAGUCUUGGUGUGACGUAUCACGCUCGGAAUGACUUGAAAGGUGUCGUCGAAGCCGUCAUUCACCUCCUAAACGAUCUAGAACCAGAAAAUAGCAUCCUCGUGGAGACCUUUUACGCCCCACCGACCAAGUACAAACAUUUUGAAGAUUUAUCGUUCCGGUUGAGGUCAACGGUUUGUAGAGGAUUCGGGGAUCACCCAAAGACAACUACACUAAUAUGUGGUGUUGGCCAAAGGAACCAGCCAAUCAAUGGUGACAAUACGGUCCCCCAAACGUUUGACACGACACUGUGUACAUGUGGAGUCACAAGUGCCAAGGAAAGGAAUCGACUCAGAGAAAAAACGUCAAAAAUUUCUGAAGAUCUCCUGGGAGAAAUAAUUCGUAAAGAAAAGGAAAUGACGUCAUCAGAGAGAGGGGGAGAUGGGGGCCAAACGGAUGUUAUAGGACUAGAUUUUGUUCUCGGAGAGAAAGAUGAUAGUUUGACCCCAAUUGCAAUAGAGGUGAACAGUCACGACUGCACCAUCAACUGUCAACUGUUUGAGUCAAUGAACUGUGACAUACAAGGGAAAUCUGUUAGCCCCCUAGUGGACACAAUGGUACAGCGAUCCCAGCGCCACCUAAUGCAGGGAAAGACAAUCCUCGUGAUUGGGGCUGGUGGUUUCAGCAAGCGGUUUAUCUGGAAAGCAGCACAAGACUACGGCAUCAAGAUCUUUCUUGUGAAUGAUGUUGAAGAUUCGUUCGUUUCGGAGAAUGUAGAUAAAUUUCUUCAGUAUGAUUUCUCUGACCACAUGCAGGACGACCGUCACGCGAGAAAUAUUAUUCAGCUUCUGUCGACUGAUAUCGACGAUGUCGACGGAUGUUGCACGUUCUGGGAAGACUGUGGGCCUCUCGCAGCCAAUAUAUGUGACAAAAUGAAGUACUGCGGCGCCGGUCUACGAGGGGCGCUGAUCGCUAAAAAGAAGAGCUCUACCCAGCAUCUCUUACGUCAGCGAACGGCUGAUAUUCCGCAUUUUCCGCGGACAUACCUGUACACAGGCAGAUCUGCUGCUAUCCGACAAUCCGAACAAAUUGCUUCCGCUGCAAAGCAUGUCCAAUUCCCAGCGGUCUUGAAACUCGAAUAUGGUUCUAGUGCUGUUGGUGUCAAGUUGGUCAAGGACGAAGAGGAGUGCCGGGCCGAGUAUGAAAGAAUCCGAAGUUGUCUUCGACAAGAGUCUGAUCAUCCCGGAAUUGGACUAGGACACGGGAACGAUAUGAUGCUUAUGGAGUAUUAUGAGGGUACAGAACAUGACAUAGAUAUCAUCAUAUAUCAAAGACGUCUCAUUGCUGCUUUUAUCUCUGAUAAUGGCCCUACGAGACCGGGAACGUUUACAGAAACAGCAGCUUUAAUGCCGACGUGUCUUCCGCCGGACAAAGCCGCACAGCUGAAGACAGCAGCGUAUCAAUGCUGCACUGAAAUUGGACUUGUCAACGGGGUUUUUAAUGUCGAGAUGAUAAUGACGUCAACAGGCCCAAAACUGUUGGAGAUAAAUGCCCGGAUGGGCGGGUUCUACCUGAGAGAUUGGAUCAAGUCCUGCUACGAGGUUGAUAUUCUUCUCUGCUCCUUCAUGAUCGCUGCCGGCGUCAAGCCAAUCUUGCCGCGAACCAUUACGCCACGCUGCCAUAUCAUGGGAGUGAUGUGUGUUCCCUCGGCACACAAAGAAACUCUGUCCCGCGUCAGUGUCAGGAACAAAAUCUACACUCUUCACGAAUCAAACACAAUACGCUACAACGAGUUAGACAACGAAGAAAGUUUAGAAGGGGACUUUGACGAGGAAGUAGAAGAACCUUUUUCUAAUUUCGCUGUGAUAGCGGAAGAUUUGGAAACGGCGAAAUCCGAAUUGCUUAGAUUAUGCUCGGAACUCGAAAUCAGCAAUUCUUCUUACGAUGUCUCGAAGUAUGUGUCAGAAUUCUUUCCACGAAAUACUGAAUAUCUGUUAUGUUAGAAAUAGCCAGGACGCAAGUCAAAGAUAUUGUGGACUUUCUUCGGUGCAUAGUUCUUGAGAGACACUUGAACAAGACGCUUGUCUUACGCUAGCACUAAUGGCUUGAGAAAUAUCUGUUAGCUUAAUCUUAUGUCCGUUUGUCUUUCAAGUUAUGUGAAACGAGCCAUUUCUUCUGAAUACAGAGCAUAUAUCAGAAAACCUCUAUGAAGCUUUGUAUUUCUUUAAUCUCGCGUUCAAACUACCAUCAGAAGAGUGACUGAUGUUUGUAUUCAUUAAGAUAUCAUGACUAAAGAAUUACUUUAUUUAUUUAAUGAUUUUUUCUUUAAAUAUUCAAGAUAAAUUUUUCAUUAUACAUGUACUUUAUGUCCAUCUAGCUGAAUCUACAUAUCUAACUACCAGCUAAAUUACCCAUUGAUUUUUGUAAUUUCAAAUCAGCAUUUUUUCUAUGCAGAAUUUAUUAUACUGACCAUGUUGUGUUUUCUUCCCCUAUUGGUCAAAGGACAAUUUAUUUUGUGGGAAACAAACAUCAGUCCUGUAGUGUACAUAUUCCUUGUUGUGUAACUCGUAAAUGUGUGUUUUACUGUACAACACGAUCACUAAUUUUGUCUUCCGUAAAUAGAUACAUUACAUGACUGACUUAAAAUGGAGUUUUUUUUUUAUCAGCAAUGACGUAUUGAUAUCAUACAAUGUGAUUUAGAUUUUUUUUUACUGGAAAAUGCUUUAUAUAACAACAUAACAGACUCAUGUCUGAUUUAUGUAUGUAUAUUUUCAUUUCUGAAGCAAUUUUUAACAUUUUUGUAAUCAUGUGCAAAUGAUAU